AUGAGAUAAAAACAUUUGGUGAACGAGUUGAUCAAUAUUAGAGAUGAAAUGAAACACAUCAAUAAUAGAAUAAAAACAACUAGUUCUGCAAAGAAUCAUGACUUCAUUUUUAAUCAAAAUACAAAUUUCAAGAUUAGGAAAUAUUGUCAUCAAUUAAUACAGAUUAAACCUCCACAAUUUUAAAAAUAUUUUAUUUCUGAACAUUUUAUAUUAGACUUAUUGCAAAAAUGUGAUUAUGAGAAAAUACUUAAAAUUACAUUGAAGUUUAUCGUUAAACAUUUUUAGGAUUAAGAAAUUUAUAACAAAUAUCAAAAGGAAUAUCAAUCAUCUGAAAGAAAUGCCGAAAAAAUCAACAAGAUCAUAAGAGAAGUUGUUUCACCAAUCAAAAGUAAAAUCGAAUCUUAAACUCAAUUCUAUGAUCAACAAUUAAAAAUUAAUCAUAGAUCAUGUCAAACAUAACCUUGCUAUUCAGAAUCGUAAUAAGCCAUCCAAUUUCAACUAGGACUUCGUUAACAAUCAUCUAUAAUAUCCUCUAUACAAUAAGAUAAUCUAAAUUCUCCCAAAUUUAAUGAAAAUACUAUUAAUGCCAUUGAUGAAAUAUCAUUCGAAAAAUCUUCCCUUAAAAAAGGAAGUGAAAAUCAAAUCGAAAAUCUUACGAGAUAAUGUCAACAUGAAAUCAAUGAAAAAAAACAUCCUUAUAGUAUAAGUUUGUUGGCCACACCCAAGUAAAAGGAAUCUGAAAACAAAAAAGUAGGAAUCAAUUUGAAUAAUACCAACACCACGGUUAAAGAAACUAAAAGAAAAGAAAAGAAUAAAACUUCAUUAGAAUUUCAAGCAUAUGACAAGCAAGAAGAACUCAAGAAAAUUAAGAAGGUAUUGCCUACAAAUAUGGUGUCUCUUGAUUUUAUCAAACAAAGAAAGAAAAUUCCAGAAUCAAAGAAAGGCUCGAAUGUUUUAUCUAAUAAUUGA